GACUCCCACCCUCGUUACAUGGGGUAGUGUAGCUGGUAUUGGUGUAAUAUGGGGCACAGACUGGAAGCUGAUCCUUCAGUAUGUUCCCUACAUCAGUGGCAAGUAUAAAACUGAAGACUAA